AUGACCACGGGCACGCAUGAUAACUCCCUUGUAUCACUACCUGACGCGAAGGAGUCCAAGCUAGCCCUGGCUUCGAAGGCAGUCGAUCAGGAAAGACAGCCUCUAGACGCACGCUUCUGGCUCGUCUUUCUUGGUAUUGGGAUAGCCACAAUGAUUACUGCUCUUGAGCUGUCUGCGGUCUCUGUUGCACUCCCAACCAUUACCCAGGAUCUGCAUGGCUCAUCGUUCAUAUGGGUCGGCUCGGCGUAUACACUGGCAGGGACGGCUUUCAUUCCCCUCAGCGGAGGUCUCUCCCAGAUCUUCGGAAGACGCAUUGUGAUCCUGUCAUCUCUGGCGAUCAUGGCUCUAGGCAGUGCCCUCUGUGGGUCUGCGAAGAACAUGACCCAUAUGAUUGCAGGACGAACGGUCCAGGGGCUCGGUGGUGGAGGAAUCUCCGCUACGACUGCCAUCAUCAUCUCCGACCUCGUGCCCCUCAGUGAACGUGGUAUUUACAACGGUUUGAUUGGGAUUGCUUGGGCGAUGGCCAGUGGGAUCGGACCCAUUGUUGGCGGCGCCCUUGCUCAGAAGGGUCAGUGGAGGUGGCUCUUCUAUCUCAACAUCCCGAUAUGCGGGGUAGCUGGCGCCAUCAUGAUCCUCUUCUUGCGUGUCCGGGCACCGCCAGGGACCCUGAAGGAGAAGGUACGCAGGAUCGACUGGCUUGGGACAUUCCUUGUCAUUGCCGCGACUACUGCCUGCGUCAUCGGACUCACCUGGAGCGGCGUCCAAUAUUCCUGGAGCUCGGCGCCGGUGCUAGCGCCUCUUAUAAUCGGUCUCGUAGGUAUGGUGGUAUUCAUUAUGUACGAGUGUAUUUUCCCGGAACAUCCACUGGUGCCCUCUGCAUUACUGUCCACGAUCACGGGAAUCAGCGGUUACAUGCAGACGUUCCUCAUGCCAGUAGUAAUGAUCGGAGUCAUCUAUUACAUUCCCGUCUACCUACAAGCAUGCAAAGGCGCCUCUGCAAUCGGUUCUGGCGUAGAUGCGCUGUCUUUCUCGUUGGUCAUCGCGCCCAUAGGUCUUCUCGGAGGCGCGUUCGUCAAUCGCACAGGCGGCUAUCGGGUACCAUUAUGGACGGCCUGGAUCAUCUUGAUGGUCGGCACGGGACUACUCAUCACUUUGGAUGCGGACACGCCCCUCGGGCAUACCAUCGGGUUUCUCGUACCGUGUGCGCUUGGCUGUGGACUGCUGGCGUUUUCGACGUACUUCCCUGUACUUGCGCCGCUCCACGUCUCCCAGAACGGCCUCGCCAUUGCGUUCUUCAUGUUCCUGCGUAACUUUGCUAUGGUCUGGGGAGUCACGAUCGGCGGAACUGUCCUUCAGAACGAGCUUCAAAGACACUUACCGCCCACCUUCAUCGCCCAGUUCCCGGAAGGGACAGUCGUUGCGUAUGCCACGAUCCCUGCCAUAGCAAGUCUCCCGGAACCACUACGUACAGAGGUCCGGGAAGCCUUCGCAGCCAGCCUUAAGGUCGUCUGGGAAGUCCUCCUAGCCGUCGGUGGUCUCGGGUUUGUCUCGAGCCUUUUCAUGAAAGCGGUUCCUCUACACACCGCCGUGGAUGAUCAAUGGGGCUUGCAACAGCAGCCAGAGAGUGAUAACAGCAUAAGUACUACUACAACGGCAGUAUAG